AUGCCCCGGGUAGACGCGGAUCUCAAACUGGACUUUAAAGACGUCUUGCUUCGACCUAAGCGAAGCAGCCUCAAAAGCAGAGCAGAGGUAGAUCUUAUGCGAACCUUCACGUUCCGUAACUCCAAGCAGACUUACACAGGGAUUCCUGUUAUAGUGGCAAACAUGGAUUCUGUGGGCACUUUUGAAAUGGCACGGGUUAUGACCAAGCAUGCAAUGUUUACUGCCAUACACAAGCAUUACUCUCUGGAAGAGUGGAAGCUGUUUGCAAGCAGUCACCCAGAAUGCCUUGAGCAUGUAGCUGUAAGCUCUGGCAGUGGUGCGGCUGAUUUUGAGAAACUGACCGAGGUCAUGGAGGCUGUUCCACUUAUCAAGUACAUUUGUUUGGAUGUGGCCAAUGGUUAUUCAGAACAUUUUGUGGAGUUUGUGAAAUCUGUCCAUACCAGAUUCCCAAACCACACUAUCAUGGCAGGUAAUGUAGUGACAGGAGAGAUGGUGGAAGAGCUUAUUCUGUCUGGAGCAGAUAUUAUUAAAGUGGGAAUUGGACCAGGAUCCGUGUGCACUACUCGUAUUAAAACUGGUGUGGGCUACCCACAGCUGAGUGCAGUGAUUGAGUGUGCAGAUUCCGCUCAUGGACUGAAGGGGCACAUCAUUUCAGAUGGGGGUUGCAGCUGCCCUGGAGACGUUGCCAAAGCUUUUGGGGCUGGAGCUGAUUUUGUGAUGCUUGGAGGAAUGUUUGCUGGACACGAUCAGUGUGCUGGAGAGGUUAUAGAGAAAAAUGGCAAGAAAGUGAAGCUUUUCUAUGGGAUGAGCUCUGACACGGCUAUGAAGAAGCACGCAGGAGGCGUUGCUGAAUACAGAGCUUCAGAGGGUAAAACAGUAGAAGUGCCUUACAGAGGUGAUGUAGAAGACACCAUCCGUGAUAUCCUUGGAGGGCUGCGAUCUACCUGCACUUAUGUGGGAGCUGCCAAACUCAAGGAGCUUAGUCGAAGAACAACGUUUAUUCGGGUAACUCAGCAGCACAGCGAAGUCUUUUCUUAG